GCGGGGCGCCCUGUUCUGGGGCGGAGGAGCCUGGCGGCGCGCCAGCCAGCUGCUGCGCACAGACAGGACCUUUCUUGUCCCCGAUAGUGGCCUGGCGGGAGCUCAGUGCCGCGUGCGCCUCUGGCACUGCCAGCGCGCCCAGAGCCAGCGCGGCGGCACCCUCUGGGAAGCCCAGGGGCCUGUGGGGCCCCCAUGAAGGCCCCCUCGUGGGCUGGCUGGAGGGGUGUCGGGAGCCACCACGAUGCAGGACCCUUCCCCGGGGCCGCCGUGGGGCCCUUCCCCUAGCGCUCUGUUCCUGUGCAGGCUCGCGGACAGCAUGGCCCCCACGCUGCAGCAGGCGUACCGCAGGCGCUGGUGGAUGGCCUGCACGGCCGUGGUGGAGAACCUCUUCUUCUCUGCCGUGCUCCUGGGCUGGGGCUCCCUGCUGAUCAUGCUCAAGAACGAGGGCUUCUAUUCCAGCUUGUGCCCAGCUAAGAACACCACUAACACCAGCCAGGAUGAACAGCAUCAGUGGCCCAGCUGUGACAGUCAGGAAGAGAUGCUCGUCCUGGGCUUCACCAUCGGCUCCUUCGUGCUCAGCGCCACCACCCUGCCACUGGGGAUCCUCAUGGACCGCUUUGGCCCCCGGCCCACACGGCUGGUUGGCAGCGCCAGCUUUGCUGCAUCCUGCUCCCUGAUGGCCCUGGCCUCUCGGGACACCAAAGUUCUGUCUCCAUUGAUAUUCCUGGCGCUGUCCCUGAAUGGCUUUGGUGGCAUCUGCCUAACCUUCUCCUCACUCACGCUGCCCAACAUGUUUGGGAACCUGCGCUCCACUAUCAUGGCCCUCAUGAUCGGCUCCUACGCCUCUUCUGCCAUCACGUUCCCAGGGAUCAAGCUGAUCUACGAUGCCGGCGUGUCCUUCGUGGUCAUCAUGUUUACCUGGUCAGCCCUGGCCUGCCUCAUUUUUCUGAACUGUGCCCUCAAUUGGCCCAGUGAAACCUUUCCCUCCCCUGAGGAAGGCAGCUACACGAAGAAGAUCAAGCUCACCGGGCUGGCCCUGGAUCACAAGGUGACCGGUGACCGCUUCUACACCCAUGUGAUCAACGUGGGCCAGCGGCUGAGCCAGAGGGCCCCCAGCAUGGAGGAUGACACCUCCCAGGAUGUUCAUGGUGCCUCAGGAAAGCCUCGUGAGAAAUCUAUCCCCUUCCGUAAGAGCCUCUGCUCGGCCAUCUUCCUGUGGAGCCUCCUCACUAUGGGCAUAACCCAGCUGCGGGUCAUCUUCUACAUGGCCGCCAUGAACAAGAUGCUGGAGUUCCUUGUGACCGGCGGCCAGGAGCAUGAGACGGACUACCUGAAACAAAAAGCAGAAGAGACAGUUGGGUUCUACUCCUCUGUCUUUGGGGCCAUGCAGCUGCUAUGUCUACUCACCUGCCCUCUCAUCGGCUACAUCAUGGACUGGCGGAUCAAGGACUGCGUGGACGGCCCCGCUGAGGGCAUCGCCCUCAGAGACGCCAGGGACGGGAUUGCCACCAAGUCCAUCAGACCGAGAUACCGCAAGAUCCAGAAGCUCACCAACGCUAUCAACGCCUUUACCCUGACCAACUUCCUGCUUGUGACUUUUGGCAUCACCUGCCUCAUCAACAACUUACACCUCCAGUUCGUGACCUUUGGCCUGCACACCAUUGUUCGAGGUUUCUACCACUCGGCCUGUGGCGGCCUCUACGCUGCAGUGUUCCCGUCCAACCACUUUGGGACACUGACAGGCCUGCAGUCCCUCAUCAGUGCCGUGUUUGCUCUGCUCCAACAGCCUCUCUUCAUGGUCAUGGUGGGACCCUUGAAAGGAGACCCCUUCUGGGUGAACCUAGGCCUCCUGCUCUGCUCAUUCCUGGGAUUCCUGCUACCUUCCUACCUCUUCUACUACCGAACCCAGCUGCAGAGGGAGUACACCACCGACUGGGAGGGCCCACUGAAGGUACCGGGCAGCUCCGAGGUGACUGUGUAAACCUCUGCGGCCAAGGGACCUGGAUGACAGGCAGCCAAGGCCUGAGCUACCAAAGGGAACGCCUCAUGUGGCCUUUCUACCUGUAACACAUGCACAGCGCCAGGGGCCGUGGAUCUAUAAAUACCAAGAGAAGUUCUAUUUUUGUAGGGACUUGCUAAAAGAAAAAAAAGAAAAUCCCUAAAAAGGAAUGCCCCAAAGCAAUACACUCUUGACUAAAGACAGCCAGCCCCUGUGCUAGGACAGGCUUCUUCCUCCUGGAUUGGAGGAGAGCAGGGUGGGAGGCCAUCCUUUCAAUGGGCCUUCCUCCUCCUGGUGCCUCCUGGGGGCUUGUGGGAUCAGCAAACAGGCUACCCCCAAGGUCCCAGCUGUGCAAUGCCGAGAGUGUGCAUGUGACUGUGUGCACCUGUGUGUGUGUGUGUGUGUGUGUGUGAACCAACCUUCCCCUAGGGGAAAGGGGCCUGAGGUGGCUGUGUCCUGGGUGGGGUGUGUCGGGGGGUGAGCCCCUUCCAGGGGCUGGAGGGCGGGUUCCCUCCCUGGUGCUGCUUCUUGCAGAUCUCAGAGGAAAUAAAAGGAAGGUGAGAGACUGGC